CUGAGUAGGAUCGGAAAGUCCAAAAAAACAAAAAAAUGGAGUUGAACUUUUUGUGGCAGAUUGUUGCAGUUUUACUGGGUGGCUACACUUUUGUAUUUUGGUUUCUGAAGAAGGUGAAUGAGUGGUAUUAUGUUGGCAGAUUGGGAAAAACUGAGUUCCCUCUUCCUCCUGGUGACAUGGGAUGGCCUUUUCUUGGAAAUAUGCCGUCUCUCUUCAAAUGUCUAAGAGCUGGAGACCCUAAUUAUUACAUUCACCACCUCAUCUCCAGAUAUGGGAAGACAGGAAUCUACAAGACCCACAUCUUUGGGAGCCCAAGCAUCAUCGUAUGUCGGCCGGAGUUAAACCGGCGUGUACUAACGAAUGACGAGCAAUUCGGGAUAGGCUAUCCGAAAUCAGUCUUGCUUUUAGCAGGAGAAAAAUCCCUACACAAUCGUCUCCAUUGA